AAUUGUUUAGCAAGUUUCCGAGAAAUUGGAUGUUACAGAGAUACAAAGAAGAGAGCUCUUCCGAAAAUGCUCUUAAACAAAAGGGGAAAGAUACCGAAUUUUUGGCAAAACUAUGACAAAGUUCUACCAAGGUAAUUGGGUAAUCGAUGUUUUUCUUCUUUUCGUUAACUGAGCUUCAUUUAAAUCAGUGCCAUGAGACGUCAGUCACACAGAAAAGUCUGUAAUGCAAAAAGAAUUAAAAUGCUGAUGAAAACAUAUAGCUAGUUGGAAAAAGGCGAGAAAGCAUACCAGUAAUUUAUGCUAGGAUCAGUUAGUUACUCGAUCUGUAUUUCAAAUGCACAUACACGUAAUACACAAUAGAUUUAGCCAAGCCUAAAAGCGGAGCUUCUUUCACCUGGCAAUCACUCAUGAGUGACAAACUAGGACAAAAUCUGUGCAGACAGAUUAAAAUAAUACCGAUUUUUUGCACUCGUCCUCGCAAAAAUGCUUACCCUCGCCAACUGAAUGACUGGCCGUUUUCCCCCUCCCCUGUUCCAAUGUUGUUUGCGGCCGCACCGGAACGACUUUCAACAGGGGGAGGGGUUGGGGCGACUUUGUUCCGUUUAGAGGUCUUUAGAGCAAAUUUUAGUAUGGCACGAAAUUAGAUAACGCAUGGAAAUUUCAGGGGUUGUAGAUUUAACCAACUUUCCUUGCCUUGUACUUCAUUUAGUACCUACCGCGCCUGGGUCUUUGACUGUUCGGCUGAGUCGCUUGCCUCCACUCUUUCCUAAAAAAAUCAUACUAUCGCGUGAAAAACGUACAACGUUAUGGUUUUAUUAUAGUGAUUAUCAUUCGUGCAUGUUCAUUUAUCUUUGAAGCAUUAUAUGUGACUGUGCAAAAGAGGCCGAAAGGAAAGGAUAUCGUGUUUUUGGAAUUCAAUUUUAUGGAGAAUGCUGGGGUAGCCAUUCCUUUAUCCCGAGCCAUCGCUACAGACCGGUACGACGCUGCAUUGAUGAACAAUUCAAGACAUGUGCCAAGAAUGGAUGGAACAGUACAUGUACCGGGAAGAAUUGGGCAAAUUUCAUUUAUAAGUUACAGCAGGUCUGUGUUUGGUUUACUUUUGCUUGUUUCUUUAAUGACAAUUUUGAGGUUUGCGCUUGGGAUUGGGUCAGUUAAAAUUGCUAAACCGUUUUGUGGGACGAAUUUUGACCCCGCCUUCUAGCACAACUCUUUAAUAGUCACCUGCACGCGAGAAAAUAAGAAAAUGAUAACGUCCCCGAACAUUCCCUAGCCAUGUUCUAAAUCAGACGGAGGAAAAUAGUACGACUUAUGAACGCAAAAGCUCUAUGGAAAUUUCCGAGGAACAGCAAAACCAUGGCGGACAGCAGCAAACCACUUGUUAAAAACGCUCUUUGAAGGAGACACGUGGCGCAUCAGAGUCUUUGAGAAUUCGACUGUAUUAGUGAAAAACAGUUGCAUUUAGAACUCUAUUUUCGCUUUUUGGAACUCAGCAUUUGUAGUAGGUCGUGCUCUUCCUCCAGACGAUCCCAAGAAGCUUUGUGAUCGCAUAUUGUGCCCAGGUUUUCACACGUUUAGAACUUAGCGAAUAAACGACCCAGUCUCAUGGAAAAUCUCGUAGGGUUUGUCCAUAAGGGGUACAAAAAGGGGCUGUGAACGGGGAAUGUCGGAAAACAGGGAUUUACCUUCCUUCUGGUAAAAUGGUUUCUAAUUCAUUGGGACUUGGGGUUUCAACACGAAUCUUUGCAAGGGCCAGUGUUUGAAUUUUGCACAAACUUUGAAAGGGACGUGGCGAUAUGUGUACCCCCACUCACCACAUGCUCACAGGAACGUUUGCCUGAUAUUUUAAAUUUGGUGUAAUAUGACUGUCCUCUUUAUAAGUUUCAGAAUAGCCCACGUUCGAUGUAUUAAAAUUCAAACAUGGCUCCGAGGCUUUCUGGUUAUUCAGUCUAUAGUUGGUUCGCAUGGUUCUCUUUGUGCUCAAUUCUCUUCUGAGUAUUGUGAGGCAAUGGAGUCAUGAAAAAUUUGCAAUUUUGACCCUAAAGCCUGGGAGUCAUGUUAGAUUUUUAUUAUAUCGAACGUGGACUAUUCUUUGUUAACUUUUGUAUUAUUUUUCAAUAUUUUUCAGCCAUCUGCGUCCCACCGAAUAGGGCAAAAAGGUAUCAUUAGAUCUUUUCUUACUUUUAAUUUUCACUUGAUCUGGAGAGUGUUUUCUCUUUCCCCGUACUUUCCAAAGAACUCCUAACCUGCGUGAACAGCAUUUGGGCAAAAGGAAAGGAAAAGAAGAGAAUCUUGAUGCGUGAGGGAGGAGGAAAGGCGAUACCUUCAAAAGGACUAUUGUUCGACCAGUCAGUUUUACGCUCUGUUUCUCAGCGUUCUCAGAAUUAAAAUGCCCAGUUUAAAUUUAAGUGAAAAUUAUGGGUCCAUUAAAAAUAUAUAUCUCUUGCUGGUUGGUUUGAAUAUCAGCUGUUCCCAAAUUUUCCCACCUGUUCCCACCUCCAAUCUUGUAAAAUGGACCUUGAGCUUAUUAUUCUCCAUUCCUCGCACGCCCGAGACAUCCUUUUUAGAUCGACUUCCGAAUAUUAUCUAUAUCAUCGCCUUGAAACUGUUCCGCACUGACUGAUUCAAAUCUUCAAGUACGUGAUCAGGGCUCCGCUCAUCCAGACACUGAGUAACGAUGGUCGCCCGGCCUCGAAAAUAUUAUUUCUCAGCCCCACGUGCCUCACUUUGGCCAAAAAGUAUGGAUGGGGCCCGAGACCCAGAGCUCCACUGCUUCCUCCCCUAAAAUCCCCCAACGUUGCUAGGCGCGGAAUAAAAAGUCCGUUACCAGGCAUAUGUCUAUACCUUUUUGGAGGUACUACUAAACGGUUAAGUAGCAAAUCUAAUUUGCCAUCAUAAAGUUGUGCUUAUAAUUUCUUGCAUUCUUUUGGAUAAGUGGAUGCAUGCACCAACCACGCUUGUGAGAAUGGAGCGACCUGUAAGGUGACGGGAGAGGACAGUUACAGAUGCCAGUGCCCCAAUGGGUACUUCGGGGACAAUUGUGAAAAAGGUACCGCUGAUAAGAACGGAAAAAAUUGGGCAGCUACCUUGGUAUUUCUAAGUCAUUUAUUGAGAAGGAAGAGGCUAGAGUUUGUGUAUAUACAUGUUGUGGUUCAGUUAUAUCCGUUGUUUAAAUUUUAUUUUCCUUUGUUUCAAACUCAUAAUUAUUUGUCAACAUCGCGACGUAAUUGACCAAUCAGAUCAAUAACCAGAGUAUAAUACCAUUAACUGACGUGAUACAACUCGCUUUGACACUGAAGAUGACUACCGCACAGGUUGUCGAAACGUCAGUCACUGUCAACAACAACGGUCCUAUUCAGGACUGCGUUCACCCGAACGAUCAAACUCAACCUAAGAAAUAACCUGCUGAAGGGGGCCUUUGAUUAAACGAAAGCAACACAAACGAAAAACAAAAUGGAAAAACAACGCAUGCUUGUAUGUAGGCUCAGGCUUUGCUUGCGCGGACCUAUCAGUUUUCGCUCGCAAAAAAUUGUAUAGGCACAUGAGUAAAUGUCGAAGGAGUUUACCAUUUUCAUAAUUUAUUUUAGUGGAUGCUUGCACCAAAGCUCCUUGUAAAAAUGGUGGAAACUGCGUAGUAACUGGAGACAACAAACACAGUUGCUCUUGUAACAAGGGAUUCUUUGGAGGAAAUUGCGAGAGGGCGAGGGCUUGUAAUGUUAUUAAUGGUGAUUAUAACAGAUGAGUUAUAUUAAAAUGGGAUUUUGCUGACCUUACCUUUACCGAUGCCUUCCUCAGUAAAAGAAUAGUCAUUUAUCGUGGUAGUCUCUUUAUCGUAAGUCUUAGAUAUAGUGCCUUUAGGCGAAAAAUGUUAAAAUGGAGCACGGCGUAUAAACAUAGCCUUGUCCUCUACAACUUUCUCCUUAGCACGGACGAGAGAGCGCCCACAAAGUGUGUGGAAGCGGAAGCUGAUGGGCUCGAAUUCUGUCGGAAACUCAAAAUUUUUUCAAUUCGUUCUCCCACUCUCGUGACAUGAUGACGACAGAUUUAUACGCAUCACUUACUAUAAAUAAAUUUUACUUACUCUGUUGUUACAAUACUGACUCUUCUCUUAAUUUAGUGAAUCGGUGCGCUGAUAACCCAUGCCAGAAUGGGGGCCAAUGCAACACGACUGGACAUAACACAUACCGCUGUAAAUGUGUCGAGGGAUAUUAUGGAGUCAACUGCGAAAAAGGUGAAAAUCAGUUUGACUUUUCAUCGUUCAUUUAUUGGAGAUUAUACAUCACAUACUAGAAAAAAUUAAGGUUAGCCAGCGUAACUGAAGGAGUUAUUUUUUCUGAGAGUAAGAGUUUUGAAAUCUUCGGAAUUAGGGUGAUGUUCACGACGGGACGAUUGACAACAACGAUUUUCAAAUCAAAGUACCCCCUCCUCCCAGAAAAAAAAUCAGAGAAGGGGCCCCUUCUACGAUUAUUUUCUGAGGUAGGUGGGGGGUGGGGGGGGGGGGGGGGGGUCUGUACAUAUGCUAAAGUUAAAGAUGUUUCAAUAAAGUUUUUCGGAGGCAAUACCAAGAGACCAUACCAAGAUUUUGUACUAGUCAUAGAGGUAUGUAGAGUGCGCAUUAAUUCUUAAUUCGAAAAAGGACUAUUUAUUAUUAACGAAGUAUAAACAGAAUUUGUUGUGCGACACAGUGCAACAAAGCGUUGCAAUGUUGGAACAAUGUUGCAAUGCCGUGUUGCGUUGAAAAUCUCAGUCUAACAGCAGCGCAGGGUUUUUUCCCCUCUCUCCGCCCGGCUUCGCAGCAAUUUUGCCAAAAUGACUUUUCAAACUUUGUUCUCGCUAACGAUUCCGCCGGCUACGCAGAAUAGAUUAAAAUGUUAUCUCCACUAAAACGAGUUUCUAUGUUUUGCGUACAGUCUAUACAACAUAUGAGCGUAUCCAAAUCUACUCAAAUGACUCUCUUUUUGAAUUCUAUGUAUUUAAGUCUACCAAAUGCCUUUUAUCGAGCUGCUCUAAAGCAAAUAAUGUCUUCCUUUCCUGCUUCGUAUCGUUCCCUGCGAUAUAAUCUGAUCCACGCAUGCUUUGGUGUGAUUUUUAUUUCAGACUGUUCAUUCCCAAUCGAUAUUGCACUCGCAAUAGACGCAUCUGGAAGCGUUGGAAACCGUUCUUUCCAACUGGUGAGGGAAUUUCUGAAGCUAUUUACACAACAUUUCGACGUGAGUCAUAUGGUACGAUUUGCCUGCCUGCACUAUGAUCACUUCGUUUACAAAGACUUCUCAUUCAAAGAUGAACAGUUUCGCAACCGCACUAACUUGGAGGAAAAGCUGCAGAAUAUGUCGUACCCUUCAGGUGCGACGCUGACCCACCAAGCAUUGAUAGAAGUUAUCAAGUUCUUUGGGAUUGGCAAUGGCGCGCGGAACGCUAGCGAGGUUCGUCGGGUUGCAGUUGUUCUCACAGAUGGAAGGACUUAUGGUGGAAAAAGGAAACUUAUUCCGCCAGUGGAUUACUUGAAGGUACGUUAUAUAUAUAUAUAUGUGUGUAUUUUUUUUUCCUUCCUUUGCUCUUUUAUUUUCAUCGUUUUUUGUUUUUUUUUUCUUUUUGUCAUUUCGCUUUUUUUAGCCUAGAACUAUGAUUAGUACGACUAUCUAAUAUACUUAUUUUAAGAUUUACUGUAGUUCUGCCAUUGAUUUCCCCAUGUGUAGUUAUGAUAAUAUUUUGUUCUAAUUAUCUAACUGAGGGAGCCCAUUCCUUAAAAGCCCGGUGGCUUCUCUUGGGCUUCCUCGCCAUGAGAGUUUAAGUAAUUAGAUUUAUUUAUUUCACUUGUACAAAUUUUGGCAAACAAACAAUAAACAAAUAAAAAUAAACAAAUUAUAAAUUACAAUGAUCAAGAGAAAAUAAAGAAAGAAAAGUUAACGGUUGUCUAACAUAUUCUUGGGUAAAACUGGUGGUUUACCGUUUAAUCAAAUGAUAUGCAAAAAAUUUAGCAAUUUAGCAGCCUGCGAAGCAAGCGUUUCAGCACGAGUUCGUGGAGAAAGUUAGGACGAGACCAAAAAAGAGGAGAGAACGUUUAUCAUUAGCACAAAUAAUCAAUUCUAUUUACUAGAAAAUGGCACGCAAAGCUUGAAACGAAUAUCGAAGUUUGGUUUGAGGAAUCCGCUUGGAACAUUCGGACCGCCAAAUCGGGCAUAAUAUCAGAAAACGGUCAUUUUUGUUGGAAAUUUAUCUUUCAGGUAUUUUUUUCAACUCGAUAAGCGUUUCGUCCUGCCUCAUAUGCUACCUACCCCAUCGUCUUUGUGAAAUAACGAUUUAUUAUGGCCUGGUUUGAUUGUCCUUUUUCUUUCAGAAAUAUCAACACGUCAUCAUCGUUCCUAUUGGUGUGGGAUGGGCAGUCAGCAGAGAAGAGCUCCAAGUUAUGGCUGGCGAUCGUAGGCAUUAUGUGCUAGUGGACAACUUCGAUAAACUCGCUAAUGCUAUGUAUGAAGUCUUGGACCUUGUGUGCACUUGGUAA